CUCCCAUGAAAAGGUUAUCCCACUCACAGGCGCCCUCUAGGGUCCCUGGUGGAAAAGUGCGAGUCCAGCUGCCUCUCUCGGUCGGUCCAGCCCACCUUUACUGGUGUUCUAAUCCAGCCUCAGAGGAGCUGGUCCACAGGCAACGCAAAUCAUCCACGAGAGGGUGAAGGGUUCUUGUCAGCACUUUUUAAAGAGAGGAUCCUUCGGCCAAAGUCGUCAGGAACUGGCCUCCUUUGCGCAGUCGAAGGUGCAAAGGCCUGGCAUUCUCAAGACCAGGCAGCCUCUUUCGCUUCCUUGCUCCCUCCGUGCCCUCAGACCUGGAUCAGUCCACAUGCCCUUUGAACCUAAACUUGUGACCUUCAAAAUCACCCUGAGAAUGAUGGGAGAAUGAGUCCUUUUCCUCAGGAAAAAGGGGAUGCUGGGUUUUGUUCCUAUUUCUUAACAGCUUUUAUGACCUGCUUUUCCAGGAGGUGCCGCACUUGACCCUCCCCAUCGCCCUUGAAAGUCACACAACCGCCCUGUGAGGUAGCAAAGGCCGGGUUCAGUUUCCCCACCCGUAGCAGGAGCGCUUCUGGCAGGUCACGAGGAGACGAGAGGUUUCUGGCUCCUUGUAGGCUCGACGGUUUACGGUUUUAAUUACAUGACCAUGCUGGGAGUCCAAUAAAGUAAUCCAAUAAAUUAAUUCAAACUCUGAUUCAUCUAGUCAUUAAAAUAAUGAAAUUUCUUUCUGAAAGGCAUAGGAAUGUGUGUGGCAUUAAUGGUGUGAGCCACCUCGGGUCCUUUUUUAGGAGAAAGGUGGAGUAAAAACAUUUUAAGGACCCCUGUAGCCAGUGGGGAUUUGUUCCAAGCCACUGCCCCCACAGAUGCCGAAAAAGGCGAAUCUGGGGGAGGGCAAGGGAGGGCCAGGCCCUCAUAAUACGGCAUGUGUAUUCAUUGUAUUAAGGACAUAAUUUGUAGCACCCUCUUCUGGCACCGGAUUGUAUAAUUUAAUUAUUCUCAGCAAUUUAGGUUCCCAAAUUCUUAGGUCUUUGGCCUGCAAAUGCUCACAGGGUCUGCGGACCAUGAAGCAAAAAACGGGGGAGGGGGUGUGUGAAGCUCCCAGGAACCUCCAGGCCCUCGGGGUGGGGGUGGGGAUCAUCCCCAAAAGAGAGCGAGUCCCUGUUCCCAUCCGCACAGGUUGGAUAGGAAGGAAAGCGAGCGAGGAUCUCGCCUGUCCUCCUAAUUUCCAAGGCGGUUGUGUCAACAUUCACACUGAACAAGCUGAGUCAAACCUGCCGGGGGAUAAGAGACCUCCAUCCUGAUUCAGCCCCAGGUGAUAGAAGGAGAAUUUCUCUGUUUGUUGGAGCUGAGCAUCUUCUGGCUUCGGUUUCCCUCGGAGGAGGAGUCUCGGCUCCCAGGCUGGGCCACACUGGAAGCUCAGUGGCUGUCAGUUCAUGGUGCGCGUAUGUGGACGCGUCCAGGAUCCCACUAUCCCCGGGUCGUGGCCUUUUCCACCUCGCUUGUCCACCUUGCAGGGGGGUCUGCUGUUUUCGUCUUGCUUGGCCAGGGCCUGCCUUCGAGAGGGAAAGCCGGCCGUGCAGAGAGGGUGCCCGGCAUCUCCUGGAUGCGACUUAACUCUUUGCCCGCUCCUCAAAGGUGUUCCCCUUUGUCCUUGAAGGAAGAAGCUUGGAGAACGCCGAACCUUGUGAGCUCAGCCCCGAAUUCUUUUGGAGGCCUAAGAAGUAACGACAAGCAACUUCCUCGCCAGCUCCUCCGGUCCUGGGAAGGCAGAGGCGAGGGCGGGGGGGGCGCUUUUUCUGCCUCUCUCGUGCGGACGGCUCCGGCGUCAGGCUCGCCUUCAUGCGGACUAGCGCCCUCCAGGGGUUUUUCGCGGAGGACGACCGCGCUCCUCCCGGAGCCAGGCAAGCAAGUUGCAAGUUUACUCCCGAGAAGACAUUUCUGGGCUGGCCGGAAGGGUCGUUGCGCAUCUGGUGUAACCCCCCCUUCUUCCCCCACCGGGCGCAGGUGCGGCCAAUGGGACUCAAUCCUUGUGUUUUUCUCCCGGGAAAGCGCGCAGGAGAGGAUCGCGGGCAAACUUCCCCGCGGAGCCCCGGCGUGUGUGUCGGAUUGGGACCCUGCUUCCCUCUCGGUGGAAGGAGGAGGAGCGGCUGUUGUGUCUGGAAGGGGUCCCCGUUACUACGAGCCGGGACUCUAUAAAAGCCCCGACGCCGCCGCCAGCCAGCCCGCUCGCCCGCCUUCCCUUUCCCCGCGGCCGGAGCCGGGGGCGCUUCUCUCUGGCCAAGAGAGAGAACGAGAGAGAAGCGGAGGGAGCUGCAGAGACCCCCGGGCGCCUCGUCGGAGCCGCAGCAGAGUCUUGCCCCGUCUCGUCCCGUCCGCCCCCGUCCUGCGGUCCCCGGCCUUGUUGGGGAGGGGGCGCAAGCGCAGUGCCCCCCCUCUGGGGACUCGCCCGGUCUGGAGUGGCUGCCGCGGCCAGCACGUGGGGCUGGUCCGGGACGGGACGGGCGGAAGGGAGCAGAAGCGCCAGCCCCGCUCCCCGCCCAAAGACAACAUCAAGCCCUCAGCCUUGAGCCGGCGUUAG